GUGCUGUGUGCUUUCGCUCGCCCGAGUGUCAGCCCUUGUUGACAUCGCGAGCUCGCACCCCAGUGAAACCCGCAACUGCUAGCUUAUUCAAAGUGGAUAUAUAAUCAUAAAAUAGAUCUAGCAUAUCUCGUAUAUUCUAUCUAUUAUAUAUCUCUUAUAUUCUGUGUUGUGUUUGUAUGUGUAGACAUAAUUCUUGGAUUAAGACUUUCACGGAUUAUAGAAACGUUUACUAAAUCUGUGAUUAAUAUUCCUGUAUUGGAUGUGUUUGAUCUAGAUUCUAUAAUAUUAGUGCUAUAUAACUCUAGAUCUUGAUCAACAUACUUCAGGGUCGGAGGAUAAACGUUUACAAUGUAAGCACAGACUGGUUCCAGCCCAAGCUUGUGGAUAUAUAUACUAGUUCUAGAAGCCCCUUGCAAUCCUCUUGAGACCAAACACUAAACAAACAUGGACACAGAAGGACCAAUAUCGGUGCUGGACAGGCGGCCAAGGAGUAGCAGCCGUGAUAAGAUCAUUGCUGACCGCAUCACGCGUCAGCGAAGCCCGGGCCCGUCGUUCCGGCACCACAGGGGGCGCAGGGUGCCGUCCCAGGAUAGCAACAUUGGGGAGGAGGAGGCUGCGCAGGAUGUUGUCUACAGAAUCUCCCAGCCUUACAGGACCAGCUUCUCUGCCAAGCACUCAGUCGCGUGGGGGAAGGUGGACCGUAGCCGCUCCCUCAGCCCAACCUCCAGCCUGAGGAGCGACACCAGCCGGGCGAGCGCCCCUCCAAUUUUUUACUCUGGCGGGGACAAGAGGAGACCCCGGGGGCGAUCGAAAAGCCCCAAGAGGGUGACGUAUAACUCUAAAGUCAUUGUGAGGCACUCGGACACUGAAGACUCUAUGUUCACGGAACUGUCGAGCCACGAGUGCGAGGAAGAAGACCUGGUGCCCAUGCGCCCCAUCGUCUCGCCCUUCAGCAGGGCGCUCAUCUCCCCGAGAUACAACGAGUUCAGCCAGCUGUCCCCGAUCUCCGUGAGCAGCGCCAAGUCGGCGCCCGACUCCCUGAGGCCGAGGGUCAGAGACGUGACCAACAUGAUGCACAACGCGUCCGUGGACAGCAGGCAAGGGGACGUCAGCAACGACUCCGGCCUGGACUACUCCACCGAGCUGAAGGAUCUCUCCGACCAGAUCACCAAGAUGCAAUGGAGUCCUCGACAGAACAGAGUCAUUCUCGGUAAGCCCCCGCCGGGGUCAGGCUUCCGCCUACCUUCCAGGUCAACCCCUACACCCAACCCUUCCCCUCACGGGAUACUAAAAGACUCUCAGAACUCCAAAGUAAUCUCCAGGGACAACCCGGUGCCAACUAGCCUCAAUGUAGGGAAUGGAUUCUUGAAUGGCAGUGCUCACAAUGGAGGUACGAAUUACUCAAAUAAUCAGACCAAUUCAGGCUGGUCUACCAAUGGGUCACCCAAAGGCAAGGAGAAUGACCCCAGGUCAUCGCCACAGAAAGCAGGAUACCAUGACAACCUAGAUCCAACUGUGAGGCCUCUUGACACCACAGAGUACAUAGCUAGGGACUAUGAACACAACCAACUCUUCAGCUACACAGAUGCCCUGAAAGGUCACUAUGGGGAGGACAUCAGCAAGCUGGCCAAGGAAGGUCUCCUCCAGUCAGAGCAAACCAGAGGGUCAAGCCCCACAGUGAACAAAGUGGCCAGCGAGAAUGGAGGCUUGCAUAUCAAUGGUCAAGUGGACCUGCCCUUGGUCAUCAACACUAACCAUCACCCUGUGGAUGACCUGGCCAGCUCGUCUUCUCCUGCGGAUACUUCACUAGGGGAAAGUAGCCCAGCACGUGCUAAAAAUAGGGGGAGUCCAGUAGAGAGUGGCAGGCUGACACCUUCCAAGCGUUCCGUCAGUCUCAGCAUCACAAACUUCUUCAAGAAAGUCUCCCCACAUUUCAGGCGCAAAAAGUCCAAGGACAGGCCCAACCAGACGCGGUCAGCUGAGGGCUCUGCCCAAAGUCUGGCCAACACCACCUCAGACCCUGACACGGACAGGGAGAGCCCGACAAACAAUCUGACAGAGAAGCCGAAGCGGUCUAGCAAGUUCUCCAGGAGCCAAGUGCGCCAGUCUUUUAUGAAGCUUGUGGGAAGGUCCAGUUCUAAGUCAAAAAAGAAAAAUAAAAACCAGCCAGGGGACAUAAUUCCCACACCUAGUCAUUACACAAUAGAGUUACAAGAUCCGGAAAAAAACACAUCAUCUGAUGAAGUGGAUGAAAUCACCAAUGGAUUUAUGCUCAACUCCAACGAAAAUCUGGGCAGAGUAGGAUUUGACCCUUCCACACAUCCAAUGAUGAAAUCUAUCGAACAGAACACACUCUCAGAGCAGGAUAUCUACCGUCGAUUCAAGGAACGCCAGUCGUCGAGAGAAGCGGGGGAUACAAUCUCAGAUUCUGACUUUAAAACCACACCUGCUGGCUUGGCCAAGCCUGAGCCCAUCCGGCCCACCUCACUGGACAACUCCUACCUAGACCACAGCACAUCAGACUUCAUGGAUGGGCCCAUGGAUUUUUUCACAGAGUCUGACAUUUCAGCUAUUCUCCGGCCAGACCUGGAUAGGUCGUACCUCAAGGCGGCCUACUUUGGUACGCCGGAGAAGAAGGAUGAAGUGAGCCCCAGUCGAGUGGAGCCCCCUAAAACUCUCGAUGUCUUGCCUGUCAGGACGAAACGUCUCAUGCAGACCUCGGUGAUGAGUAGCAUAUCUGGCGAUGAGAGUAUUGGCGAGUGCUCGUUGGACGCCAACUUAACUGCCAGUGAACCGUCUCUCUUGAGUGGUAUAAGCCAGUCUGCUGCUUCCAAGCAGAUUGUGGUGCCAUCUUCACUGGUCACAUCAGCAGAGGGCCAGCUGUCCUGCGAGACAUCCAGUGUUAAGCUCAGGCGACCCAGGGAAGGGGAGAGCAAUAAAGAGAACAAUGUCCCUUUAAACUCCUCGUUAUCCAGUUCAGGACCACCGUCCCCUACAGAUCCUAACCACAAACCCUCUUACCUGAAGCUGAGCUGUGCUGUGAGUGGCUACGGUAAAUACUCUCGGUACAGUACCUAUAAGGAUGUAAAUAAAAGGUCUCCAUACUCAAGUCAAAGUUCACUCAGAUCUGAUGCAAGUUCCUCAGAUCCUAACAUGCCAGCAGAACAGAGAUCAGGGGAUGAGUCCACACCAGAACACAAGAGACAGGGUCCAGCACCGUGGACCAUUGCACCCACGUCACUGGCUGUCAAUGGUCACCUCUUGACCAAACAUCCAGUGGGAGACGCACUUAAAGAUGGAGAAUAUUUUCUUCAGAUUGUCAAGUUUGAAGAGGAAAGAAUUCAAGAAAUGUGUCUCAGGGCUGAUGCUCACAUGAGGUCACAUGACUUGCCUGAAGAAGCAUGUGGUAGGAUACGUACAGCCACUGGUAAAGCCAACUUGCUACUUACUCAGAAGUUCAGUCAGUUCAAAGACUUGUGUCAGAAUCAUAUGACACCUGACCCAGAUGAGAGAGAGACUAAAUGGGAAGACCUUGAGGGAUUCUGGGACAUGGUCAAAACUCAGGUUGAUCAUGUUGAUGACAUGUUUGCUGAGAUUGAGCUGAUGAAAGACAAUGGCUGGCAGGAGAUUCCUAAAUUGACUUCCAGACGUAGUUCAGCCAGUUCCAGCCCAAAGUCUGGCAGUGUGUCCCAGGCCAGCACACCUUCAGCUACACCUGCACAUACUCCAGGUUCUAGACGUAAAAACAUUAAAGCCAAUGGCAGCAGGGACACACCUGACUCAUCCCCCGACAGAGCGCAGAAAGCUCGUCAGGCAGCCAAGGCCAGAGACGAUGCUAGAAAGAAGAUGUUAGCGGAGCGCCGGGCCGCCAUGAAGCAGUCGACUGUGACGCCAGCCAGCAAUGUUGAUGGGGAGGUGGAGAUUUAUUUACCUGAACCUGUGAAGAAAUGCUAGUUGUCACCCUGUGUAGGAAGUGAUUUAAAAUAGUUGUGUGCCUUAGACAAACAUGUGCAUGGGAUGCGUGUAACUGUAUCUGCGGGUUUGUCUUAUGGUGGGCUUAAUUUAUCUUUGACUUUCAUGGGUGCUGUAGUUAUUGACUGCAGGUAAUUUGUAAUGUUUAUUUAUAAAUGGUAUUAUAAUAUUUCAAAUUACUAAAUAUAUAUAAAAUUACAUCAAUGGCAUUUUGUGUUACUUCCAAGAUUCACUUUGGUAUCUACAACCUGAAAGGCGCUAUGUUGUACCCUUAAUACAGUCAUGAUAUACUGAUUUAUAAGUAACAUUUGGUGUAAUGGAGAUCUUAAAAUGACUCAUGACUGAUUUAUGAUCUGCUUGUCCUGGAAGUGACUGUUAUUUUUUUGUACAAGUUUAUUACACACCAUACAUCUUGUUGUUUUAUUUAUUGAUCCAAUUGCAAUAUCUUGUCAGUCUGUGUUAAAGCAAGACCUACAGUUUAGUCAUGUACAUGUUUUUUUUUUUUUGGGUACCUUUUUUUUUUUCUAAUUUUAUCUUUUAAAAAUUUAAACAUUUGAUGCUCUAGAGAUUUUUUGUAAGGUUAUUGUUAAACAGAUGUAAUGUUAUACUCUACUCUUGAUAGAGUUGUUUUUUUAAUUUCUUUACAUAAAGUUAUUUCAAUUAACACAUUUAAAGGGAAAUUUUGAGUACAAUGAUAGAUAAGCAUAUCAUUAUUUUAAAGAUCUUUUACCAUUUAUAUAUAUAUGUAUACCCACACGAUGUUAUGGUCAUUCUAUGUAUAUAUGUCUCAUAGGACAUUUGAAGGAUAUCAAUAGCUGCUUCUAUGAAAUGUGUUGAAUUUGAUACAUUUUUACAUUGUAUACAAAUACAGACUCUGAUAGUGUGUUUCUGUUUGCACAAAUACAAUGGCACUUAAAAUGACUUUGCCUUAUUUUUAAAUCAAGUUUUUUUCAGACUGUGUCUACUUCUUGUUUUUUUUUUUGUUUUCUGGGUGUGAAAAACAUUCAACUUUCUUUCCACUAGUACACAGUUCUCAUGACAUUAAAACCUACUGGCUCCAUUAAAGUAAGGCAUUCAUGUUGGUUUUGGUAGACUUCGAUGUAGACCAACAUAGAGUGCUUAGUGUAAAUAUACAUUAUAACUUAACAAUUUUAAUUGUUCUAAGUAUCAUCUCUACUCCCAUAAUUUUUUUUUAGCUUUACUUCAAUUCCAUACAAUUGAAACAUCCAACAUUGGUGACACUUUUCAUUACUUUGGCUUACUGUCUAUUCUGUCAUCAUUUCUACCAACAUUAAUACCUGAGUUUAUACCAACAUUAAUAUCUGAGUUUAUACCUACAUUAAUACCUGAGUUUCUAUCUACAUUAAUACCUGAAUUUGCUUUCACUUUCACUGAUCCUUUGCUUUCAGUUCAAUUUUUUGUUCUUCCUAGUAAAAUAAUGUAUUUUUUUAAUGACUUUUGUACCAAGUACAUACAAAAUAAGUUUAGUCACUUUGUUUUUUUCCCCAUUGUUUUGUGUGACUUCUAACUUUGAGAUUAUCUUGUCAUCACUAUAGUUAUAACUUCAUCAAUUUUGUAUUGAAUCAUUUGUUUAUCCUGGAACUGAUGCAUUUGUUCAGGUCAUUUAUUUGUUAUCAUUAGUAGGCUAAAACAAUGGAUUCACCAGUAAUAUCAUAUACAUGACCUAAGCUGAUAAAUAUGGAAUAGUAAGAUAGCUUUCAAAAGCCUUGUGUUGAAUUAAUUUUUUUAUUUAUUCAUCUUUCUCAUUACCAACAAUUGGCAUGUUAAGUUAACAAGUCUUACAUCUGUGAUGAAUUGCUCAGUGGUUUCAGGUCAUUCAGCUCUCCUGACACUUUUUUCUUUUAACCCUUAAAGUGCUGAGCUGUUUUACAAUGAAAACAUACAAAAUGAAAUUACAAUAUUCAUGUUUAGAGGCUAAAGUACCACACGCAUCUUAAGGGUUAACUGAUAUCCUGAGCCAGUGUCUCAUUCUGGAAUUGUCAUAAUUGGCAUGGAUUUGAAAUGUUAACCAAUGGGCUGUCUGCUUCAUAGUUCAAUCAUUGAAGGGUUAGUUAUCAUAGCUCCAUUCUCUGCUUGUAGUUCCUUUUAUCAGCUUUGGUCACGUUUGUAACCUAUUCAGUGUGCAAAGACAUUGGAUUAUCACUCUGCACUACGCUCUACUGUCUCACAUUAUUAGGAAUUCCUGGUGUUUGUGUUAAUGCCUCAGUCAUCUAUUUAUUGUUAACAUUCUAAAUUCUAAAAUGGUUUUAGGCUGUAUGCAUGAUGUUGAUAAUUCUUGCCCAGAAGACCAAGCUCUAGGGAGUGCUAUGGGACACAAACCCAAGGGAGGUCACUGACUGUUUUACCUAUCUAAGGUGCUUGUGUUGUUGUGGCUAGAUGGACAUUUGUUACUAAUAAAUAUAACUUCUUUUCAUCAUUUAACAUUGAGCAUAGGAUGGGACAAGUUUGUUGCGCUCUUUCUGUCACUUGGUGGAUGUGCUCAAAAGAGAUUGUAAACAAGACAUGAUGAUGUUGUGUGUGUGGGGGCAAGUAGACAUUGAUAUUACUUCUCUAUAUAACCAAUAGUGUAUAGUCUGUAAUAAUCCAGACCUUUAAUCUGGUAAACGGUUUUUAUACAUUUCUUACUGACUUUAUUGGUGGUCAUUCAAAAUCUGACAUUGGUCAGUGUCUUGCUAUUUCUAUCAUGUUAAUUGAAUUCCAUUACUUGCUUCCACCUUAUCAUUGGGAUAUUCUAAUUUUUUUUUGGUUUACAUAUGAAAUGUAUAUAAAGAAAUUUUUGUACACUACGUCAUGAGACAUUCAGUUGGACUAGAGUCUUAGGAGGAAAUGGUUGAUAACUAGAGAUACUUGUAGUGACAUAGCUGUAGUUCAGUUUUAAUUGUUGGGUGCCCCAGAUAAACUGUUGUAUCUCAGACGAAGGUUUUGUGAGAUCCUUUUGUUUUUUUCUGUGUUGUUUUGAUGUAAAAGUUUGUGUUUCUAGAGUUCUGUUACAUAAAAUAUUGACCAACUGGGCCUGUUUACAUUGCACAAUCCAUAAGGCAGAUUGUCCAAACUAACCAUGCAUUACUUUGUUUUUCAAACACAGUCAUUUUAUUUUUUUUAAAUGCUUGUGUUUGUACUUCCCUAAAUCCAAGGCUUAACUCAUUAUUUUUUUUACUAACAUUUGAUUGUUUUUAUUUUUUUAAAGAAAAGUAUUGAAAUUGUUGGACCCUUUUUUUUUCUUGGCUAAUUUUGUAAUCUUAUGUUGAACUUUUUUUUUUUGGAUAAGCCUUUGGAUAGAUGGAAACUUAAAAGUUUCUUGGAGGGAAUGUUUUUUUUUUCUUAUUUAACCAUCAGACAAUUUUAAUUUUGUUGGUAAGAUUUGAAAAUUUUAGACGGCAUUGUUUAGUGAAUUGUCUUAUUUAGCAUACUAACACUCUUUGAGUAGUCAUCUGUACUGCUUGCUUUUAUUUAGUUUUAUAUAUCUUUACUUCUUACUUUCCUAAACUUUCGAGAAACAUGCCAAGAACUUAAUAGUCCACAGUCUUGAAACAAACCAAAACUCUUUAGUUCAUGCUUUUGAAAGACAUUUCGACAUUUUGAAAGCAAUAUAAAGAGGGGACAGAAUCACUUAUACUUCAAGCUAGUUCUGUCCUGGUUUAAUUCUGACUUUGAUUCAUGUACUGUGGACUUGUCAUGUCAGGAAAGUUUGGACCAAGAGAUGCUCUGCUUAUUUUCAAUUCUGUUUUCUUGAGUUAUAACUUUUUGUAUAACACAUAGAGAGAGAGUAGCGCUGCUAAAUACUAACUAGAAAUAACUUUAACUAAACAAUCUGAUAAUGCUAUAGAGGUAAUUGAAGAUGCCAUGUAUUUAAAGGUCAUAUGUGCUGGGUACAUGAAAGUGUUUUUUUUUUUAUUAAAAAUUUAAGUCUGUUGAUUCUAGCAACUUACUUUUGGUCAACUCAACAGGUAUGCCCUGUGACCCUUCUGUUGACCACAUUCUCUUUGAUUCUGUUAUUUUUUCUCUUAGUAUACAAGUUACAAUUUUUUGUUUUUCAAGAAAGAAAAAUUGGAGGGGGAAGGGGGGGGGCGACUUUUACAGAUUUGUUUCCUUUUUUUUUUAAUUUAAUAAAAAAAAAAAUGUGAAUAUAAAGAGAAAGUGUCUUUGAUACAUGGUUGAUGAGAUGUGUAGGGACAAAUGAUUGAUGUUGAUUGUCAAAUUAUGAAUCAAAACUGUACAUAACUUCACAUUGACAUAUUGUAUCUUAUGACUUGCUUGUGUUUUGACUGAUGGUUAAAGUGUCAAUAUUUGUACUAGGAAAUGUAAACUAAAAAGUUUUACACUAUUCAUGAUUUACAUUUUAUGGUUAGUCUAAAAGAUUUUUUUUUUUUCAUUGCAAGGGAAAUAAUAUGAUAUUUUUAUUGUAUUUUUUUGCUGUUUUUGAAUAUUUUUUUGUAAUGAAAAAAAGACUUUAAAAAGUGUUGGUGUGCGUGUGUGUGUGUUGGUGAAGUAUCUCUGUGUAAAUAGUUUACUUUGAGUCCUACUUGAUACCUUGUAUUUUAAAGUGGCUGGCUUUAUCAUUUUUUUGUUUCACUGACCUACAUAUGAGCAAUCCAUGUUCAUAAAACUAAUAAAACAGUCCUGAAAAUAUUUGUCUCUAGUUGGUUGGGAAAACAAACAUGUAACUCAAUGAAAUAUAUGUGGAAACUUG